UUCGGCCAAUAAAAUAGAUCGUCAACCUUUUUUUGUGAGUUCAUAGUUACAACCAUCGGCUUAAUUCCGUAAUUUGUUUUUUAACCCAGUAGUGAUGAAGUCGUGUGCGAAUUGCGGUAUUAAUUUCAAUGAUGGGGUGCAGUGUAUGGGUUGCAAGAAGCAUCUAGAUUUUUCUUGUGCUAGUGUGUCUGAGACGACAUGGAGAAAAAUGGGGUCGGACCGAAGAGCACAGUGGAAAUGCCUCGCUUGUAAGUCGUCACCUGUACCUCUCUCACCACAGCCUUCUGCCUCGUUGGAUACAGUGCUGAGUGAGAUUCGCGAAUUGAGGCAACAGUUAUCAAGCCUACCAACCUUAGUCAGCAGUAUAAAGUCUAUCAAAGAAGAAUUGAUUGAACUUAAGAAGAGUUUUGAGUUCUCCAGCGGUAGACUUGAUGAUUUUGACGCGAGGCUUGUGGAGUUGGAAGUGAAGGCAUCUGAGUUUGAUAAUCUAAGGGACACCGUGUCUUCGUUACAAGCAGAAGUGGUUUCAACAAGAUCUGAUUUCUGUUCUUUUGAUCAUAGAACGAGACUGAACAAUGUCGAAAUUAAAGGUGUCCCCGUGAAGAAAAAUGAAAAUCUGUUUUCGGUUCUCGAUGCCAUCAGUAGCAAAAUAAAUUAUAACUGUCCUAAGACCCAGAUAAACUACAUCUCAAGGGUACCCAUACAUAAUUCUAAGGAGAAAUUGGUGAUCGUGAGCUUCUUAAACAGGUACAUAAAAGAUGAUUUCAUAGCGGCAGCUCGUGCUAAUAAGGAGCUUUCUACCAAGGACAUAGGUGUUCAGGGGCCGCCACAUCGCAUAUAUGUCAACGAUCAUCUUAGUAUAGAAUAUAAAAAACUUUUAAAUCGAGCUAAAACUGCCGCCAAAGAAAAACAAUAUGAAUUCGUCUGGGUGAAGCACGGUAAAAUUCACGUAAGGAAGGAUGUUAACUGUAAAACCUUCAUAGUUAGGCGUGAAUCCGAUUUAAACAAAAUUAUUUAGUCUGUUAUUAUUUACAUUUAGUUUCUGGAUUGCCGAGUUUCGUUAACUUUUCUAAAAAGUGUCGAUGUCGUCACAAUAAAUUUAGUUUACUUAAUUUUAGUAAAAGGUUUAGCACCUCUGCAUUGAUAAUGAUUCAAUUUGACGUUCCAUUUCGCAGUACUUGUAGACGAGAUCUGGUACAUACAUUUUAUAUAUCCGCCUCACUCACGCAUACGCGAAUGGUAUGCUAUUGCUUGCUUGCUCUCGUGAUCAUGUUCGCCCAGAUGUUAGAUUAUAUAAAAAUUCCAUUUACUUUUAUUUACUUAUACCUGCAAUAUAAUUUAUUAACUCUUGAAUGUUUAACAUUUAAUUGCCCCAAUAAUUAUUUACUAAUACGAUUAUUCUAUGUUGCUUUUGUUGACUACUCGAUUAUUGUUAUUAAAAUAUGCAAUGGUUAAUAGCAGUGCAUUAAAAAUAUUCUAUCAAAAUGUUCGUGGACUUCGAACAAAAACUAAUUCCUUCUACCGUCAGCUUCUACAGAGUUCUUAUGAUGUUAUUAUCAUAACGGAGACGUGGUUAUUGGAUGGAGUACUAAACUCGGAGCUUUUUGAUGGUCGCUAUUUGGUAUGGCGCCGUGACAGAGAUUAUGUUAUGACCGGCCAAACGAGAGGUGGUGGUGUACUUAUAGCGACGCGCAGGGAAUUGUCAGUCACUCCAGUAUCACUUUUGCAUUCAUCAGCGGAGGAUCUCUGGAUCAAAUUGCAGCUUAAGAAUUCAGGGUCACGAGAAUACGUCAAUUUAUAUAUUUGUGCAGUGUAUUUGUGUAAACAAAAUAAAGGGUUAUCAUUCUCGCAACAGCUUAGCAACUUCCUUUCCAAAUUAAACAAUGCAAUUCUACAUAGAACAAAUACCGACGUAUUUUUAGUCUUAGGGGAUUUUAAUAUGAGUGGUAUCACGUGGAUACCUUUUAAUGAUCAUUCUAUGGCCCCGUUAAAUCCCACCACUAGUGAUGAAUGUUUAUUUGUUGAUGAGCUAUCUACAAUGGACUUAGUACAGUUUAAUGGGAUUGCUAACGGGUAUGGCAAGUUUUUGGACUUGGUCCUCUCAAAUAAGUUAGCCUGUGUUAGUGAAUGUGUUGAUCCUCUAGUACCUAUUGACCCGUAUCAUCCUGCAUUAUUAAUUAAUAUUGAUAUCUUUGAAAUACCUCCCCUUGACCAUG